AUGAGAUUUUUUACAUUGUUAAUUAAGUUAAUACUUUCAUCAGAGUCUAAUAGGAGAUCUAACGAUCCUAAUAGUUAUGCAAACACCGGAAGAUUUAUAGAAGAUGAAAGAGUAGGGCACCAAAAUUGGUUUAAAGAAAUAUUUGCUUAUGUUCUUGUAAUUGGUACCGGUUUAUGUUAUCCAUUUGCUAAAUUAUUACUAUAUAUCAUUGAAAAGAUAACUGGAGAAAAGUAUUUGGAUUGUUGA